AUACUCAAGCCGAAAUAGAGCAUCAGACAAGCAAGCAAAAGCUUCCAAUCUUCAGUGAAAGCUUAUACCGAAGCCCACUUCUCAACUUACACUCUAUAUACUCUCCUCAAUUCUAGCUUUGAUCACGCAUACCUAACCACCGAUAUGCAAACUCUCUCUAUUCUCACCAGCCUCCUGCUGGCCACCUCCUCCGUUGUCCUGGCCAAUCCCACCAGGCCCGUCUGCGGCACCUGUAACCCUCUGUCGGGCCAAAACAACUGCGACAUCACGACCUCGUGCAUCAACACGGGCACCCGCUUCCAUUGUGCUUGUCGCGCGGGUUACAAGGCGUCGACGAACAACAAUGAUAUCACCAAACAGUUCCGGUUGAACAUACCCAAUUACCAGUUCCUGGUCUUCACUCCCGAGUCAACUUCGUGUAAUACGCUCUGCGAUAAUCCGUUCGGAGCGGGCCCGAAUCUGUGUGCUGAGGUGCCAAUUCAGAAUAGGUGCGAGGUGUAAGAGAUUCUUGAUGGUGGGUGGGAAUUGGUGACUAUGCAGGUAGAUAUUGCGGUGGUUGAGGGUGGUGAAGCCGUACCUAGUAAUUCGAUAUUGGAUGGCUGUUGUCAGAGUUGAUCUACAUUCCUUUGUUGACCUUAGCGCUAUGGCUUCAGUUUGUCGUUCCUUAACCUGAGCUCUAAUUGAGACUUUGAUUCUGUUUUCCACUGGUUC